ACGACUUCAUGACUGUUUCUAACAUGGAAGAAAGUGUGAAAGAGGAAAUUCAGUCAUGUCUUUGUUACACCAUCAGUGUAGUGAUAACAAGUGUGCUUAUUGCAAUUGUGACAUUCAAGAUUCUGGUAGAAUUCAUCAAGUUUCUGUGGCCAAAUCUGUCCUUUUUAUUUCCACAUCACCACCAUGUCAUCCUGGACACCAGGAACUUGGAUCCUGUCCCACCAGUUCAUGACAAGGAGAAAAGAGCUAAAAUAUUGAAGAAUGAUUUUUCUCGAGAAAAGAUCCCCUCUGAUCUGGAUGCCAUCUUGAUUGGAAGUGGACUUGGAUGUCUCAGUACUGCUGUGUUUCUGACCAGAGCAGGCAAAAAAGUGCUGGUUCUUGAACAAAAUGCUCAGGCUGGAGGUUGUUUGGGAACCUUGAAUUACAAUGGCUACGACUUCAAUCUUGGCUUGCACCUUGUCACCAAAGCUGCAGUGACACCAAACAUCAGCUCAAGAGAUAUAUUUGAUCAACUCACAGCUGGUGCAGUUGAAUUCCAUGCCCUGGAUGACAAAUGUACAAUGCUCGACACUGGUGCAGAAAAUGGGCAAUUGUAUUCAGUCAAUUGCAAAGACUUUGGCACAUGGGGAAGACAUCUCAUGGAAACAUUUCCCCAGGACAAGGAAGCCAUUCAAAAAUACGUUGAUGCUUGUUGGAGGAUUUUGUUUGGUGUGUUUCCUGUUCUGUUGGUCAAAGUGCUGCCAUAUAAGCUGGCAAAGUUUCUGAUAAACUGGCAAGUCUUUGACUACGUCUCCAACUAUCAGAAAUGGAACCACACUUCUGUCAGACAGUUCAUGGAUAAUUAUACUGGCAAUGAGGACCUCAAAAGAAUGAUCACAUUACUUACUGGUUACUUCUUUCCUGACCCACAACCUAUCAGCAUGGCACUGCUUGCACCCACUCAAAUAGUGUUUGCCAGUGGAUAUGUGUACCCAUAUGGAGGGCCUGAAGAAAUCCCAUACCACGCCAUUUCCCAAAUUCAAAAAAGUGGAAGUCAAGUCCUGGUUAAUGCCAGGGUUACUUCCAUUCUUUUGGAUGAUGCACAAAAGACUGCCAUUGGAGUAGUAGUGAAACCCAAGUCUGGCUGCCAAAUUUCCAUCAAGGCACCCCUGAUAAUCUCCAGCACUGGGGUGUGGAAUACAUACAAAUCUCUUCUCCCCGAAUCAGUGGUGCAAGCACAUCCAAUCAUGAGGGACGCUUUGGCAAGUACAAGUCCACCAGCAGAUUCCUCAGCCUUUUUUGUCUUCCUGGCAAUUCAUGGCACCACAGAGGAGAUGAAGCUCCCACAGGCUGACUAUUUCUUCAUGAAAGGACCAGGGGACUAUGAGGAAAGGUACAGAGAAUAUCUCAACACUCCCAGGGAUGUCAUUCUGGAUGACACUGAGAGCCAGGAAAGAUUUGAAUGGACCUUCUUGGAGUUCCCCACUGUCAGGGACCCACAUGCUAAAAUCAAGUACCCAGGCAAGUCCCUGUGCAUUGCAUUUGGCAUGGUGGCUUGGAGCUGGUUUGCAGAGUGGGAUACUCUUAGUGACUCUGAGCUGGAUGCAGAUGCAAAACAUACUGAAAUUGAAAAUCGGUUUGGCGAACGCAUUUACAGCUCUGUUUUGCAAAGGUUUCCUCAGCUCAAGGGCAGAGUAGACUACAUCAAAUACACUUCACCCUGUAGACUGGCAAAGCAUUUGAAUUCCCACUCAGGCAAGCUAAUGGGACUGGAUCUCAAUACUCAGAGAAUGUCUCUUGCAGCACAAGCAGCAUUGAGACCAGAAACAGGAUUAAAAGGAUUGUACAUUACUGGACAAGAUGUGGUAGCCUCUGGUACACAAUUGGCAGCUUUGGGUGGAAUGCUCACUGCAUCAAAAAUUCUGGGAAGGAAUUUGGUGUUGGAGAUGGAAAUUCAGCAGCGAUGUUCUACAGCUACUCACAAAAAGCACAUCUGAUGAUGUUUUUUUUGCAAAGCUUUCUGAAAAAUCACUGAAACUUUAUUCAGUGAGCAUUGAAGACUUAUAUGAAAUACAAAAAUGCUUUGAAACAUCAAUGAUGGUCUCCAACAGUGC